GGGGUGCGGAAGCGCCUGGUGGAGGCCGCGGUUUCGGUUCUGUGGGCGGCGGUGGGGGGAGGAGGGGAGUUCCACCACCGGCAGCCGCGGGCCUACGCUCUCUUCUCCGGUCUCCUUCCCACCCCGCUCCACCAUGGCGGGCACCAACAGCAACCUGCAGAAGGCAAUAGAGCUUGCUGGCAAGGCGGCACAAGAAGAUAAAGCAGGAAACUAUGAGGAAGCCUUCCGCUUGUACCAACACGCUGUGCAGUAUUUUCUCCAUGUUGUUAAAUAUGAAGCACAGGGUGAUAAAGCAAAACAGAGCAUUAGAAUGAAAUGUACACAAUACUUGGACAGAGCAGAAAAGCUGAAAGAAUAUCUGAAAAAGAGAGAAAACACUGCACCAAAACCAGUUAAAGAGUCUGGUCCUACUGAUGGAAAAGGGAAUGACAGUGAUGGGGAAGGGGAGUCAGAGAAUCCUGAAAAAAAGAAGUUACAGAAUCAACUUCAAGGAGCAAUUGUUAUGGAGCGACCAAAUGUCAAAUGGAGUGAUGUUGCUGGCCUCGAAGGUGCCAAAGAAGCACUUAAAGAAGCAGUGAUCUUGCCCAUUAAAUUUCCACACCUGUUUACAGGAAAGAGAACACCCUGGAGAGGGAUCCUCCUGUUUGGACCACCAGGAACAGGAAAGUCUUAUUUAGCAAAAGCUGUGGCGACAGAAGCAAACAACUCCACCUUCUUCUCAGUAUCUUCCUCUGACCUUGUCUCAAAGUGGUUAGGUGAAAGUGAAAAAUUAGUGAAAAACUUGUUCCAGCUUGCCAGAGAAAACAAACCUUCUAUUAUCUUCAUUGAUGAGAUAGAUUCCCUCUGCGGGUCAAGAAGUGAAAAUGAAAGUGAGGCUGCUAGACGGAUAAAAACAGAAUUUCUAGUCCAGAUGCAAGGGGUUGGUGUUGACAAUGAAGGAAUCUUGGUCUUAGGAGCAACAAACAUACCCUGGGUUUUGGAUUCUGCUAUCAGGAGAAGGUUUGAGAAGCGUAUCUAUAUUCCUUUACCUGAAGACCAUGCCAGGGCUGCAAUGUUCAAACUUCACCUUGGGUCAACUCCGAAUCUCCUAACGGAAUCAGAUUAUCAAGAGCUUGGAAAGAGAACUGAUGGCUAUUCUGGUGCAGAUAUAAGCAUCAUUGUACGUGAUGCACUGAUGCAGCCUGUUAGAAAAGUGCAAUCAGCUACUCACUUUAAAAAAGUAAAAGGACCAUCAGCAUCUAAUCCAAAUACAAUGGUAGAUUUGUUCACCCCUUGCUCUCCAGGUGAUCCUGAAGCCAUAGAAAUGACCUGGAUGGAGGUACCAGGUGAUAAAUUACUGGAGCCUCCAGUUUUCAUGGCCGAUAUGCUCAGGUCGCUAGCUAGCACAAAACCAACAGUUAAUGAACAGGACCUGGAGAAGUUAAAGAAGUUUACAGAAGACUUUGGUCAGGAAGGCUAAACCAAAGAUACAUGUCAAGCAUUAGAACUUUUUUGCUUUCUUAAGUAUUCUUGUGUCUUUAUUGAUGGCACUUCAAAUAAAUGCCAAUAAAAUCACUCUUUUCUUACUUUGCAGAAGGAAUAGAAGAUACCUUUGCAAAGACCCCUAAGCUUUUGUAUUGUAUUGUUUUCUUCAGAUGUCUAUUAAAUGUCUUCUAUUGAAAAAUAAUAUGAAAAUACAAUUUUAGGGUGAGACAGCAAAGUGAUGUGGUAAUGUCUAUUAAAUACUAGAAAAUGUUAAACUAUUAGCUCAAUUUUAGGUAUUGGUACAAGUGAGUUUUAAACCCCCAGUAGGCUCAAAAAACCCUUUUUUGAGGGGUGGAAGAGAACAUAUUUGUUGGGUGUUUUCAGUAUCAGUCAAUCAGCCUACAUAUUGCUCUCAUUUCAUUUAGAAAAAUGCAACAAAAUUUGCUAAUCAAGCAUAUUGCAAGUGUGGGUUAGCUAUUAAAGUAAGAAGGAAAACACUGUGAGGAUAAGACUACAUGGGCCAGUACUUUGUUUAAAUAUUGAUGGAACUGGUAUUUGGCUUUUUCUGCUAUGCUGUGUUAAAAUUUUGCCUUAAACAGCAAGCUUUUAUUUUUAACUCUGUUAGCUGAUACACACUGUCACUAUGCAAUUUAGCAAAAGUUUGUUAAAUGGAAGUAUCUCAGAAGGUGUUUUGCUGGCUGUUCUUGUGGUUGGUUGGGUUUUUUUUUUCCAAUGUGGAUUUACUUUCUGCAGGAGUUUGACUAAAGUUAGAAAAAAGCAUUAGUAAUAUCCUGUAAGAUUCCACAUGUCAAGGCUGGCAAGGUAUAGGUAGUCUUUGGUGAAUGUAUGGGGUGUAUUUUGUGAAACAGCAUACUUUCACAUGCGAGGAGAGUAUAACGGAUGUUUUAGCCACAGACUUUCCAGUGAUAAAUUAACUCAGAACCCUACUGAUAACUAUUGCAUAUAGGCUACAUCAAUUUAGUGCUUAAACUUUGAGAGAAGGCUGGCACUUUAGUACAGAAGUAGCACUUCCAUUGGUCUUUUUCUGAAGAGCUGUAAGUUGAUAUGUGCCUGAAUGUAACUUACAACACUACAGUGUCAGCACUGAGUUUGUGCCUUCUAAGUUUGCACUGGCUGUAGAUACAAAACAUCAUUAGGAUACCUAGAAUACUCUAUGUUCCAUUAUCAUUGUACAACUCUAUCCUGCAUAUGCUUUGUUUAACUUGCAUUAAAAGAAAUUUGCACAUUGUGUGUAUGUUAUAUGUACAUAUACACAUAUAUGAUCAUCUUUUGAUGGGGUUUGGUUUCCUUUGUGUACAUAUUUUGUGUACUUUAUAAAUCAUAGGAUGGGUGAAAUUUGCUGUACUUAAAUGAAGUAAAAUAUUAUAGUACAUCA